UAAGCUGGUUGUUUAAGUACUCAGCUGUUUUCUACUAUUGGUAGAAAUGUGACGUCGAAUUUCUGUCUACAGCAGUGGGAGUGUUGCACUACUGGGCUUACGUAUUUAUGCGUUGUAACUCUUGUUUUCUGAAUAGCACGACCUACGAUAAGGGUAAGUCGUUUGUUUCAAAGACACCCCUCCGUUACAUCCGAGCCAGGCUUAGGUGAGCUUGGCGGGCGAAACCCCUCUCGAAGGCUGCAGGUUGUUGAUUCUGCCGUUUUGGGCCUUACUUAACAGGUUAAGCAAGCUUUGGCCGGUGUCAUUGAUGAUAUAUCGUGCGGAGGUAUGGUGGCCUGAGCGAUACUGUGUGUUUGCUGCUGUUAGUCAUGUGCAUAUGAUGGACCAACAUGAGGAGCUACAAAUCGAACUAGCUCAUCGCGAGAGGCGUCGUGCAGAUCGAUUGCUUAAAGCUUUACGCUUCGAAGAAGCCAUAGUGGCACACGAAGAAGCAACCUUACAUCUGGAAAAGGUGAACUUCAUUGAUAAUUCAAUGCUCGUGCGUUAUCAAAUGAUCCAACUGUUCAAGAAUCUCUCCAGCUGCAAAUCGCUUUUCACAAUCGUCAAAAGCAGGUGGUGUGCUACAAACAGGAGUUACAACGAAAUCAGCAAACGAGGCAUACGUCGAUUUUAUACAUCAGCAGAUACGAUCGAACUGGCGGAAAUGGCUUUACCAGACUGCGCAGACAGUGUUGGUACAUCUACCCGAUUCAAGCCGCAAGAUUUCCGGGAAAGCUUCACUAAACAGCUCCACUCCAUAACCGAUCGUAAUGAUGAGUUGCUGUUACAGAUAUACAAAACUAUUUCUAAAAGCAAUGAAUCUAUAAACGGCAGCACAAGUAAUCUACUAGAGAAUGGACAGUUACAGGCAGUUCAGGCAAAAAGCAUAACGUGUCACAAGUGAUAGAAGAACUCAGAACGAAUAACUUUGAAAUUCGGAGGGUUUUUGAUUCAAUGGCGGAAAGCUAUGAUAAGCUUCAACAACGUAACAAACAGCUGGAGAACGAGGUCGAAAUAUUGCGAGCAAAAUUGCGUUUGCUAGAAAAGGCCCCGACAUCAGGUCCGGAUGACAGGGCGGACCAAUCCCUACCUGAACUACCUCCCCUUGAGAGACCAACUUUCGAGGGCUUCUCCACAUCUACAACGUCGCUUUUUAGUUAGUAUCAAAAUGUAAAUUAGUGAGAAGGGUUUAUUAGACGCUGUUUGACAACGCUGCUAACGCUAACAUAACCAAUGCAUAAUGUGAAGGCUGGAGAUAUGUUAAAUAAUUUCAUAUAUAAGCUAAUAAAAUAGAAUGUCGUAUUUAUAAUUACAUAGACAAUUU